GACAUCGAGGAGUUGCGCUUAAUACUUUAUAAACCUCCCCCGCUCGGCGGCCCGGCACUGUGCAAAAGACGACUGUUAACUCUCAAUAGGCAAUAACGAGCGCUGGUAAACUCGACCCUGUCCGAGAUUUCUGUAAAACCAUGAGUGAGAGACAAAAAUCUGGAGCAGCGGGUGGCAACAGCAAAACAGCUGUACAAGACGCCUCCAAGAAGGACGUUCCGGAAGAUUUCGACAUCGACAUGGAUGCCCCAGAGACUGAGAAGGCGGCGGUGGCCAUCCAGUCUCAGUUCAGAAAGUUCCAGAAGAAGAAGACUGAUGACAAGUCCUAGGGCCGAGGGGAGGGCCAGCCUGCUUCCCACGGGGGAGGGGGGGGCGUCUUUUGUUGCAUGUCAAUGAAAUCACACUGUACGGACUCAA